UACUCUGUGCUUUUGAUGUUUCGACUGUCAUUCGCUUUCAACACUAAUCUUUUGUGGAUAAUUGAAAUGCGAAAUAUUUACUAGUACGUGUUUGUAAUUCGUGUCUGGUGAUUUGUUUCGUUUAUGGGAAUUAAUUUGAUCAAUAAUUGGCAGAAAAUUGUGUUAGUUCGUGAUAAGGCCAAUCUUGAAAAUGCCUUUUAAACAACGCAAAAUAGCGGUUAUGGGUUACAGAUCAGUAGGGAAGUCUUCUCUCAGUAUUCAAUUUGUAGAAGGACAAUUCGUAGAUUCUUAUGAUCCCACCAUCGAAAAUACUUUUACCAAAUCUACACGAUUGAAUUCACAAGAUUAUGAACUUAAAUUAGUUGACACAGCUGGACAAGAUGAAUAUUCGAUUUUUCCUUCCCAAUACAGCAUAGAUGUUCAUGGCUACGUACUUGUUUACAGUAUAACUAACUUGAAGUCUUUUGAGGUGGUGAAAUCUAUUUAUGACAAAUUGUUGGACAUUACAGGAAAAGUAACGGUACCUAUUAUAUUAGUUGGAAAUAAGACAGAUUUACAUAUGGAAAGAAUGAUUCCCACUGAUGAAGGCAAAAGGUUAGCUGAAGAAAUGAAUGCUAUAUUUCUGGAAACAUCGGCAAAACAAAAUGAGGCUGUGUCAGAUGUCUUUCACAAACUACUGUUGGAAAUAGAAAAGGCUGAUGGAAAUAUACAUGAUAAACCCAAUUGUUCUGUCUGUUGAUGAAGAAAUUCCAUUUUUCAUAUCUAGUCUAAUAAUGCAUACAAGUUCCAUUGAUUGGGAUUUGUAUUGAAUAGGAUAACAAAUUAACAUUCUAUUCUUUAUGUGCAAAUUUUCAAGUCGCCAAGUAGUUUUUUUUGUUUGUUGUUCAGUUCUUUAUAUUUGUUCUUGUUACUUACAGUAUUUCUGUAGAAAUUCCACUCUGAUGGCCCUACUGAAAUAAUAAAAAAAGGAAAAUUCAAUUUAAGAUACUUUCAUGAGAACGGAAAUCAUCAAUUAUGUAUUCAGUGUGGAUUUGCAAAACUUAUAUUUGCAACUUUUUUAGCCUCUUCAUUUUUAUAUUCUUUAUAAGUGUUUUUGUGUAUAUAUAUAUAUAUAUAUAAUAUAUAUGUUAUAAGGAUAUACCGAUUGAGGAAAUAAUGAAAGUAUAUCCUUUUGACAUUUCAUAAUUUUCAAAUUGAAUUGUUGAUACGAUUUUGAAAUUGAGGUGAUCAAAAAUCAUAUCAAUGUCUUUCUUGAAUUGAAUAAUAUAGUUUUUCUUAAGCAUUUUUACUAAUAAGCUAAGAUACUAUCAUAAAAAGUUGAAUAAUGUACUGUCCUCUUCGCUCAUCCUUCUGAUAAAAACUGUAAUAUAAAACUGAAGGUUGUCUGGCCGGACUUAUCAAAUGAGUUUGAAAAUUUCGACCAUGGCUAGAAAGCCAGGAAUUUUCAAACUCUUAAACAGUAAUAUUUAUAUUGUAAUUUUUUUUCACAGUCCUUGAAUUCUUAAAUUAAUGUAUUGAUUUUAAUGUUGCUUAUAAUUAUUCUCCCAUGCUCUUUUGAAAGAUCUUGUUCUUUGAUAUCUCACAAAGAUUUAAACUUACAAUCCAUAGUGGUAAAAGUCAUGAUGUGCAUUUGCAUAUGAAAAAUAUUUUUUUCUUUUUUGUUCAAACCUUGCCCAGUGAAAUCUGCUAUGUUCUGCCAAGUGAAUGUAAUCAUAUGGCAUUUGUAUCGGACUAAAUUGAUAUAGAUGUACUUUUAACUAAUUUAUUUUUUAAUGUUUGUGGAUAUCAGAGUAUGUAGACUUUGAAAAUAACAUGUCACAUAUUUAUUUAAUAAUAUAGAUAAUACAUGAAUGAAGAGGAAAAAAGUGAUGUUUAUCAAAAAGAAAAUUUAGGCUAAAUACAUGUCAGUUAUUGAAUAAUCCGUUUUGAUGAAAAAAUAUAUUGUUUAUUGAUUAUUUAAAGAGGGAUAGCAACUAUGAGAUAUUUUAUAUGUGAAUUUAUGACGGUAGAUAUUAUGUAAAGAAUGUACAUACCAAGCUCAAAUAAAUUUCAGAGCAAUGUUCAACUUUAUCGGUAAUGUUUAUGAAUUUUUUCACUCUAUUUAUUUACUUAAUGUUUUAAGCAAAUGUGGAGUCACUUUGACUCUUGUAUGUUGUGAACUAUUAUUCCCAAUAGUGCCCCAUAGUUAAAGUUUUAGUGAAUUUAAUGGUUAUAGUUGAAGAAUACAUGUAAUGUAAAUUAUAAAUUUCUUUAUAAAUUAAA